GCAGACUUUGGCUCCACUUCCUCGUCAUUGUUCAGGGAAGCCCCAGGCAAACCCUCCAUCCGACACCAUGGUGCACUGGUCAGCCGAAGAGAAGCAGCUCAUCACCAGCCUCUGGAGCAAGGUCAAUGUGGCCGAUUGCGGUGCUGAGGCCCUGGCCAGGCUGCUGAUCGUCUACCCCUGGACCCAGAGGUUCUUCACUUCCUUCGGGAACCUCUCCAGCCCCACCGCCAUCCUCGGCAACCCCAUGGUCCGUGCCCAUGGCAAGAAAGUGCUCACCUCCUUCGGGGAAGCCGUCAAGAACCUGGACAACAUCAAGAAAUGUUUUGCGCAGCUGAGCAAACUCCACUGCGACAAGCUGCACGUGGACCCCGAGAACUUCAGGCUUCUGGGUGACAUCCUCAUCAUCGUCCUGGCUUCCCACUUCGCCAAGGACUUCACCCCCGCCUGCCAGUCCGCCUGGCAGAAGAUGGUCCGUGUGGUGGCCCACGCGUUGGCCCACGAGUACCACUGAGCCUCCCGCAAGCACUCGUGCCCCGAGAUGCUCCCGGCUCCCUGGGAAACAUCCUCUGGUUCUGCUGGUCUCUAAUUGCCAAAUAAACACCAACUGCUUCAGCCAU